UAGAUGGCUUUGGAGGACCAGCAACGCUUGCUGUUUGCCCGAGCUGCUGCUCUUAUCACGGCUAUGUAUGCAUUCUUCUUCACUAGGAUAAGAAUGCAACGUAGUUCAAGGCCACAGAUCAGUUAUGGCCCUUUGAGCGCCAUGGAUGAUAUAGAGUGUGUUGCUAUGCUUCGCAUGAGAAAAGCACCUUUUUUUGCACUGUGCAACUUGCUUAGGGAAAGGCAUUUGCUGUCAGAUAGCCUUCAUAGUUGUGUUGAAGAGCAGCUAGCAAUGUUUCUACACAUUGUUGGCCACAACCAACGCUUUAGAGUUAUUCACCAACAUUGGAGAAGGUCAAUAGAAACAAUGCAUAGAUAUUUCAAGGAGGUCUUGUAUGCUAUUGGGGAACUUAGGCAAGAAAUGAUUAGACCUCCAUCUAAUGAGACACCAGUUAAGAUAAGCAAUAGCUCAAGAUGGUACCCAUAUUUCAAGGUAAUAAAUUUGUCAUGUAGUUUGUAGGUUAUUGCUGCAUACUUGGGUGCAUAUCAUGUAACAUGCAUCUAUUGGGUUUUCAUGUAGGACUGUGUUGGGGCAAUAGAUGAGACUCAUGUAUAUGCUAGAGUGCCAGCCAAGAUCCAAGCAGCAUUUAGGGGAAGGAAGCACUACCCCACACAAAAUGUUCUUGCUGCUGUUGACUUUGAUAUGAAAUUUACUUAUGUCUUAGCUGGUUGGGAAGGGUCGGCUCAUGAUGCAACUAUUCUUGCUGAUGCACUAGAGAGGGAGGAUGGGUUAAGGGUUCCACCAGGUAAUUAGCUGAAUUGGGUACCUAAAUAAAAAUUGUAACUUCAUAACAAUGGACUUAAUGCAUUUCUGUACUUGUUAUAGGAAAAUUCUACUUAGUAGAUGCUAGAUAUGCUUGUCAUCCUGGAUUCCUUCCUCCUUACCGUGGCACUAGGUACCAUCUGAAAGAGUAUGGUGCUAGGAACUACCCAACCAACCCAAGGGAGUUGUUUAAUUUGAGGCAUUCAAGUCUGAGAGUAUCUGUUGAAAGGGCUUUUGGUGCUUUGAAGAACCGUUUUCGCAUCAUUGAUAAUAAACCAUUUCAUCCCUACAAGACACAAGUCAAGUUAGUACUUGCUUGCUACAUAUUGCAUAAUUGGAUACUUGGGCAUGGGGUUGAUGAGGUAGUUCCUACUGAGUUCUCAUGGGUGCCCAACAAUAAUGAUAGUCCUGGACAUGGGGUCCAGAUGGAUGACAAUGCUGUUUGAGCUCAAAGUAGGGAUGAAUGGGCUCAACACAUGUGGUCCAAUAGGGGCAACUCUCACAUCUAAGAUGUAUCUGUUUUGUAUUCUAUGUAUGUUGAACAAUGUUUGUUACUUAUGUUCUGAGGCAUUGAACAAUUGCAAUGAUGAUUUUACUUAUUUAAUUACACAAUAUAGCUAAGGCAUUGGACAUGUGCAAUGAUGUUACACCUCUUUUGAUACUACACUAGACCUGAGGCUUGAGACAUUUGCAGUGAUGAUUUUAUUUUCUCUGAUACUUCAUUAGAGCUGAUACUUCUUCUGAACUGAGGCAUGAGACAUGUGCAGUGAUGAAUUUUUAUUCCUAUUUUUCUCUUGAGUGCAAUGCAUAUUGAUGACAUAGGCCAGAUGACACAUGCAAUGAUGUUUCCCCAACUAUGUUGUUCCUGUUUCUGAGUGGGGGUGUGGCAAUUGGAAAUAGGAAUGGCUGAGGAGAUGAAUGCUGAGAUCCUUGCUGCUGAUGAGCUUGUGUUCCCUGGUGGGGCUGUUGGGGCUGUUGGGGCUGAUGGCCCUGUUGGGGCUGUUGGGGUUGCUCCUGGUGCUGCUCAGCAGAGACCUGCUAUGAGGUGGACAGAUGUGAUGUCUGGAUUUAUUCUUCGCCGCAUGUGCCAGCUGAUUUCAACUGGUGUUAGGACUGAUAAAGGUUUCAAAGAAGUCCACCUCAAUUAGGUUGCCAAGGCUCUGCAUGAGUUCAGUGGCAAUGAAGUCACUGGUACACAGGUGUAUAACCACUUGAGGAAGUGGAGGCAGAGGUGGGUUAAAAUCUCAAAGCUGAGAGAGCUGAGUGGAGCCUUGUGGAAUGGGGACAGCUCCAUGAUUGUCCUUGAGGAGGAGCACUACAAUGGCCACAUCAAGGCACACCCCAAAGAUGCUGAGUACCUCAACAAGCCAAUUGUGUACUACCAGGAGAUGAUGGUCAUCUUUGGUAAUGGUCAGGCAACAGGUAAGUAUGCUAUGGGGUCAAAUGAGGCUCUUGGUAGUCCUUCUGAGUUUGCCUAUAGCCCAAUGAAGCAUGACCUGCCUGAGGAGCUUACUCCUGGAAAGCCUGAGGCAGCUUAUGUGUCCAAGUUAGAACCACCUGUUGGAAGCAAGAGAAAGAGGUCCAUGCUGUCAGAUGAUGAUGUCCUUGUGUUCACUGGCAUGACUGAUGCAGUGAACAAUGUUGCAGAUGCUAUACAUUCUACCAAGGUUGAGGAUUCCCACCCUGACUUGUAUGGUGCACUGAUGUACAUGCCAGGGUUCAGUGAGGAAGCUCUAAUGCUUGCAUAUGGUCACUUGCUUAACAAUAAGGCCCAGGGAUCUGCUUUUGUGCAGAUGUCUCACUCACACCGUGUUCUUUGGCUGAGUACCUACUUGGACAAGAACAACUACAUGUGAGUGACUGGGCUUGGUUGUUGAGCUGUUCUGGUUGGGCAGUGAUUCUUUUGGAGUACCUGGUGCAGUUGUGGCUUCUUUUGUGCAUACCUGUUGCCUGAUCUGAUGGUCUUUUGUGCAGCUGACAACUUGAUGCAUUCUUUUGGGAUGGGGACUUGAUCCUGUCUCCUGACUAUAUGGCUAACUGUAGCCUUCUACUUGCCUGACUUAGAUAAGCCUACUGUGAAGUCAUUUUAUUAUGUCUGAGUUAGAUAAGCCUACUGAGCAUGUGUCUAUUGUGCCUAUUGUGUCUGUUGUGCCUAUUGUGUUUUAAUCUGAGCACAUGUCCAUGCCAAUGAUGAUAUGCUUUUGAUAUGCUUGUUGUUG